GGGAAGAUGAAUUCUCUUUCGAUCACACGCUCUUCCUACCUCAUCCGUGGCUGCGAAGCCCUUUGGACAUAUCUUGGCCUGCGUUGACCCCGUCGACGAGCAUUAUGUUUCCGUUGAAUGCUAGUCCUUCUAUCGACAUCUCGUUGCCAUCGGUCCAAGCGGCAGGCAGCAAUGAAGAUCAAUUUCCCAAGUACACCAGCACAAGCCAGUUCAGGCUCACACCUACAUGUCUUUUACGGACGGGUUACAAUCGUUUGCGUGCGGGCAUAAGUGAAGCAAUCGGCCAAGAUCUCGAAUCGGCGGAAAUAUAUCUACCGAGCAAAGAAUCGCUAAACACAUUUAUCGAAAUCUACUUCGAAAAUUUCUCUCCUCUCUUUCCAAUCCUACCACCGUCUGGUUUCGUUGCAGACACCGAGCACUAUUUACUAGUUUUGUGUCUCUCUACGAUCGGCGCAUCGUUUCUUGCCGAGACAGAAGCCAAAGCUCUCCACUCAAUGCGCUCACUCUUGCAGAAGUGCCUAGACAACUUUGCUGGCAAAGAAAUUACACUCGCUCUCGAGAUUUGGUACCAGCAAGUCAGGUUGUUGGCCUACGUUCUCUUCAGCUGUAGCGAAAGCUUUGAACUGCUGGACUACGCACAGAAGGCAAAAGGCGUGUUCGUGGUCUCCCAUGAGCAACGAUUACGCAAUCUUCACCAUGGAGCUCAGCCGGGUACAACGACUUGGCUUCGAUGCGAGGAGGAACUAGACGCCUGGAGGCAGAACGAGUCGUUGAAGAGAACAGCAUUCGCGGCUUGGGGAUCACUUCUAUAUGAUCUGCCGUCCUUGGCAAUCUCGGGCACCCGUAAUUUCCCCCCUCCGGCAUCAGAAGGACUAUGGGGGGCUAAGACAAUGAAGGAAUGGAACACGGAACGUCUGAAAGAAGGCCUGGAUACAAACGAACCGACCCUAAACGAGUGGGUCGAGAUUUUGUAUAGAGAUGGCGACAUCCCCCCGAGAUUUAGCGGCUUUUCGAGGUUCCUAGCUAUGCUAGCCAUCUCCCAGGACAUACGUGACUUCAUUGGGGCAGCCGACAGGUUUCGCUGUCUUCCAUAUGACGGACGUCAACGCUCCCGACUGGAAUGGACCCAUCUUCUUUCGAGAUGUUACGAACGAUUGACUCAGACACCAUGUGUCGACGAAACCUGGCCGCUUCACCUGGAACUUAUCUCGCAAUCCUACCAUUAUACCGUGAUGACCAUUCAGGUCGCAGUCACAGAUAUUUAUGCUUUCGUGGGAUUCAAGGCAAGUUAUCAUCACGAGGUCGACAUAACCCGAUAUCGUCUCUCAACCUGGAUGUUAGAACAACCCGAGGGUAUCCAAGUUGCGCUUCUCCACGCCCUUCAGAUCUUUAUCCAGCUCCGAGUCCAAAAAAACAAAACAAAAAGUCCUCACGCCCCAAUGGUGCUAUGCUUUGCGGUUCUGAUCAUCUGGGCAUAUAUCGAGCUGAAGAUAGGGCCCCUGGAAAUGGAGCUCGGUCGCUGUGCCGAGUGCAAGGACGAUACGCUUGGGAGCCUAGACCACUGCUGCUUGCAGGCGGCUCUCGGCCACGAGUUGUCAGACUUCGAGUUGCACUUGAUCCAGGGCAAAGUGCAGGUCGACCAUCUCAUUCGCGAGAGCUGUGCGCUGCUUCACGCUAUGCCAUUUUGGCAAAGUCAUGGGGUUGUAUCCGUCCUCACUUACUACCACCAAAGUGUCAAAGGGUCCAAGAGCACGGUCACAUUCCCACGGUGAACAGCAACGUAUUGUUGAGGAGUGAGUGACCUUAACGCCAGGACACCACAGUCCUGCGAGCAUCAGUCUAGUCGCAGGAGAAGGUGAAUCGCGGUUCAACUUACGCAGUCUGCGGCCCUGGGCACAGUUUCCGGAUCAACGAUUUGCCGAAAUGAACGGAUUCAAUCCCAGCCGCAGCCCACCAUCUCCGACCUUGCCGAGAACAAAAGGCGCACAAAAGCGAUCGAGACGGAGACCAAAUCAUGGACCAGACUGGAAAACCGAGCACAUGUUUGCCCCAGAUCAUAGAUUGCAGGGAGUGGAGAUGAUAUAAGAGCGCAUGCUAAACGAGCGAGCAUGUGGCGAUCGGAUCGAAGCAUAUGCCAUAGAGAUAAGGGAAGAAGGAAAAUGGAGGGUGGUACGAGGCUACAAUGCAGAUAACAGACCGUUUGCACUGCAGAAGAGAUCCGAGUGCCUCCUAGUAGUAACAAGAGAUGGC